CUGCAGUGACUCCAGGAAAGGCAAAAUGAAGGCAGGGCGGUCACGCUGAGCUCACGUUUCCUCUUGCACCACUAUGAGAGGUUCGUUCCUAGAAGCCUGAGUCAAACUUCUGGCACGAUGGGAACUGCCCGCCAUGGAGCAGCGGCUCUCACAGCCUGGGAUGGAUCCUUCAGCAAUGUCAGAUGCGGGAUCACAACAGACAGUGACUUGCCCUGUGCAGCUUCAAAGCUGGCAACAACAGCUACAGCCUUGCUGGGUGGCCAAGAUUACACUGCCAAUUCAAGUGACUACCCCUAUGAGUACCUGAAUGAGGAAGACUACGUGCUCUAUGGCCUUUGCACCAAAGAAGAGGUGGUGUCCUUUGGCAAAGCAUUCUUGCCAGCUUUUUACAGCAUGUUAUUUCUGGUUGGGUUCAUUGGGAACGCUCUUCUGUUUACUGUCCUCAUGUAUGUCAGUAAGCAAAAGAAGACAGCAGAGGUGUAUCUGCUGAACCUGGUGGUUUCGGAUUUUCUCUUGCUGCUAACCCUUCCUUUCUGGGCCCUGUUCAUUUCUCAGUGGGUGACCUGGGAUCUGUUGUGCCCACUCUUAAAUGCCAUGUACAUCAUGAAUUUUUACAGCGGUAUCUUUUCUGUAAGCUGCAUGAGUCUGGACACGUAUCUGCAGGUAGCUCAUGCCUACUCUCCUCACAGCUCUGUGACACGGAAGAAGUCCUUCCUCGUCUUGUUGGUGCUGUGGGUCCUCUCCAUACUCCUCUCCAUUCCCGAUGCCCUCUUCAGCAGCACGAAGGAAAUGCACAACAAAACCAUCGUGUGCACGCAUGAUUACGGCCAGAAACACUUCUUUUGGAAAGUUGUCUUUCAGGUCACUCAAAACAUCCUGGGUUUCCUUUUGCCUUUCUUCUUCAUGGUGUUCUGCUAUUCCCGCAGCGUGUGUGUCCUCACAACGUCUCGGGUGCCUGGCUCGAGGAGAGCGCUGCUCUUUGUCUUUACUCUGGUGGUUGUCUUCUUUAUCCUGUGGUUCCCUUACAACAUUGUCCUCGUCCUUCACUCCCUGCAAUACGUUGGUUUGAUCCAGAGCUGUGAGAGGAGUAGGCAACUGGACUAUGCCAUGCAGAUCACAGAGAGCUUGUCCUUUGUCCACUGCUGCCUCAACCCUGUGCUCUACGCUUUUAUGAAGAAACGAUUCAGGUUGUACCUACAGAAGAUCCCUCAGGCUUUCUGUAGGAAGGGCACCUUCGACAUCCAGCUCUCAGAAACAAGCUGCUCUUGCAGCAGAUACACCGCUCAGAUAGAAAUGUUGAGCGUCACCAACACAUGAUAAAUUCUUUCUGGCUUUUGCCACGGGGCAAUGUGCUCAGCCAGGCUCACCCCUUAGCCUACCAGGAGAUGCAACAGGAAGAACAGGCAGUUUUAAGUGGGUCUGAACCACACUGAAGCGUACUGAGCAGGACACUGUGUCUACCCAAGGGAUGGAUCCUUGGUCUGAGAUCAGUUUCAUAGAAUCAUAGAAUCAUAGAAUCACCAAGGUUGGAAAAGACCUAAAAGAUCACCCAGUCCAACCGUUC